AUGAGGUCGGGCGACUACGCCUUCAAGCCCGAGCAGCAGGGCGCGUACGUUGGCCCCCAGCAGCAGCAGCAGCAGCAGCCCUACGACGGUAGGACGACAACACUCCUCGACAACCAGGCUUACUUCUCCGACUUUGCGGGGCAGCAGCACUAUGAUCAACCCCAAACAAUUGAGUACGGCGCUCCCCAACAGCGAUAUUCUUCGAGCGACGCAUUCUCCCCCACCGCCGCCAUGGCACCGCCCAUGUUGACGGCUAGUGAUCUUCCACCCCCCGAGGUCCUCGAGUACCAGCCGCCGCUCGAACCCCGUGAAGUGCCAUUUGCCAUUCAAGACCCUCAUGACGACUCCACACCAAUGUCCAAGUUUGACAAUAUUGCCGCCGUCCUUAGGCACAGGGGCCGGACGACACCCAAGAGGCCAGCAUACUGGGUGCUUGACAGCAAAGGCAAAGAGAUUGCCUCGAUCACUUGGGAAAAGCUGGCCUCAAGAGCUGAAAAGGUUGCUCAGGUUAUUAGGGACAAGAGCUCUCUUUACAGAGGUGAUAGGGUGGCUUUGGUUUACCGCGACUCGGAAGUCAUUGAUUUUGCUAUUGCCAUGAUGGGAUGCUUUAUCGCCGGUGUCGUGGCCGUGCCCAUUAAUGACCUACAAGACUAUCAGCGCCUCAACCAAGUCUUGACUUCGACCCAAGCUCACCUUGCUUUAACGACCGAUAACAACCUCAAAGCCUUCCAAAGAGACAUCACUACCCAAAAGCUAACAUGGCCCAAGGGUGUCGAGUGGUGGAAGACGAAUGAGUUUGGCGGUUACCAUCCCAAGAAGAAGGACGAUGUUCCUGCCUUGUCCGUUCCCGACCUGGCAUACAUCGAGUUCUCCAGAGCACCUACUGGAGACUUGAGGGGUGUCGUGCUUAGCCACCGGACGAUCAUGCAUCAAAUGGCUUGCAUGAGCGCCGUCAUCUCCACCAUCCCUAGCAACGGACCUGGGGACACUUUUAACCCGUCCCUUCGAGACAAGAAUGGUCGGUUGAUUGGGGGCGGUGCCAGCAGUGAAAUUUUGCUCUCAUACCUUGACCCGCGCCAAGGCAUCGGCAUGAUCCUCAGCGUCUUGAUGACUGUCUAUGGCGGUCACACGACUGUCUGGUUCGACAACAAGGCUGUUGAUGUUCCUGGCCUGUACGCGCACCUCAUCACCAAGUACAAGGCCACCGUCAUGAUUGCAGACUACCCAGGCCUCAAGCGAGCGGCUUAUAACUACCAGUCAGAUCCAAUGACGACUCGAAAUUACAAGAAGGGAAUAGAGCCAAACUUCCAGAUGGUCAAGCUCUGCUUGAUUGAUACCCUAACUGUGGAUAGCGGAUUCCACGAGGUGCUGGCAGACCGAUGGCUUCGGCCACUCAGAAACCCACGGGCGCGCGAAGUGGUGGCCCCCAUGCUCUGCCUACCCGAGCAUGGUGGCAUGGUCAUUAGUGUUCGAGACUGGCUGGGAGGAGAAGAGCGCAUGGGCGUCCCUUUGAAAAUAGACCUUGAAGAAGACAGCGAAUUAGAGGGAGACGAGAAGGAAGAAGAAAAGGCGGCACCUUCCAACGGAUUCGGCAGUUUGCUGGGUGGAGGCGGAACGACAACGACCGAAGAGCGAGCAAAGAACGAGCUCGGCGAGGUUCUCCUAGACCGUGAAGCUCUCAAAACCAACGAAGUCAUUGUGGUUGCCAUUGGCGACGAGGUACGGAAGAGGGGCUCGGACGAGCCUGGAUUGGUGCGAGUGGGUGCUUUUGGAUAUCCCAUUCCAGACGCUACUCUCGCCGUUGUUGAUCCGGAGACGGGUCUUCUUGCAUCCUCCCAUUCGGUGGGAGAAAUUUGGGUCGACUCGCCUUCGCUGUCGGGUGGAUUCUGGGCUCAGCCUAAGAACACUGAGCUCAUAUUCCACGCGCGGCCAUACAAGUUUGACCCUGGCGAUCCUACGCCCAACCCAGUUGAGCCCGAAUUUCUGCGAACCGGUUUGUUGGGAACCGUCAUUGAGGGCAAGAUCUUUGUUCUUGGACUCUACGAGGACCGCAUCCGUCAAAGGGUCGAAUGGGUUGAGCAUGGCCACGAGAUUGCAGAGUACCGGUACUUCUUUGUCCAGCACAUCGUUGUCAGCAUUGUCAAGAAUGUGCCAAAGAUCUACGAUUGCUCAGCUUUCGAUGUCUUUGUCAAUGACGAGCAUCUCCCCGUUGUCGUCCUAGAAUCGGCGGCAGCGUCAACGGCGCCACUCACCAAUGGAGGGCCGCCUCGACAGCCGGACACGGCCCUUCUCGAAUCGCUAGCUGAGCGAUGCAUGGAGGUUCUCAUGACAGAGCAUCAUAUGCGCCUGUACUGCGUGAUGAUCACAGCGCCCAACUCCUUACCACGAGUCGUCAAGAACGGCAGACGUGAGAUUGGAAACAUGCUCUGCCGCCGAGAGUUCGAUCUCGGCAACCUCCCAUGUGUUCAUGUCAAGUUUGGCGUGGAGCACGCGGUGCUGAACCUCCCCAUAGGAGUUGACCCUAUGGGAGGCAUCUGGUCACCGCUUGCAUCAGACUCGCGUGCCGAGUUCCUUCUUCCCGCUGACAAGCAGUACUCUGGUGUCGAUAGACGAGAAGUUGUCAUGGAUGACAGAACAUCAACUCCUUUGAACAACUUCUCAUGCAUCUCCGAUCUCAUCCAAUGGCGUGUGGCUCGCCAACCGGAAGAAUUGGCUUAUUGCACAAUCGAUGGCCGAGGCAGAGAAGGAAAGGGCAUUACUUGGAAGAAGUUUGACACCAAGGUGGCUGCAGUCGCCAUGUACCUGAAGAACAAGGUCAAGGUCAAGCCUGGGGACCACAUGAUUCUCAUGUACACCCAUUCUGAGGAGUUCGUCUUUGCCGUCCAUGCCUGUAUCAGCCUCGGCGCCAUCGUGAUCCCACUGGCCCCUCUCGACCAGAACCGACUCAACGAGGAUGUCCCUGCGUUCUUGCACAUCGUUGCGGACUACCGCGUCAAGGCCGUGUUGGUAAACCAAGAAGUGGACCACUUGAUCAAACUCAAGGUGGUGGGAAGCCACAUUAAGCAAUCUGCUCAGAUUCUCAAAAUCUCCAGCCCUACUGUCUACAACACAACUAAACCUCCUAAACAGAACAGUGGAUUGAGGGAUCUGAGGCUCACAAUCGACCCCGCCUGGAUCCGACCUGGAUAUCCCGUCAUUGUUUGGACGUAUUGGACCCCAGAUCAGCGAAGAAUUGCCGUACAGCUUGGUCACGACACCAUUCUGGGCAUGUGCAAAGUCCAGAAGGAGACGUGCCAGAUGACCAGCACGCGGCCGGUACUUGGUUGCGUGCGAAGCACCACCGGCUUGGGCUUCAUCCAUACCUGUCUGAUGGGCAUCUACGUUGGCACACCGACGUACCUGCUGUCACCUGUCGAGUUCGCCGCCAACCCAAUGUCACUAUUCGUCACAUUGUCAAGAUACAAGAUCAAGGAUACGUAUGCAACUUCACAGAUGCUUGACCACGCCAUGGCUUCGAUGCAAGCCAAGGGUUUCACGCUGCAUGAAAUGAAGAACAUGAUGAUCACCGCCGAGGGCCGGCCAAGAGUUGAUGUGUUCCAGAAGGUACGGCUUCACUUCGCUGCAGCUGGUCUGGACAUGACGGCCAUCAACACAGUCUACUCCCAUGUCCUCAACCCAAUGGUUGCCUCAAGAUCUUACAUGUGUGUUGAACCCAUUGAACUCUGGCUGGAUACCCAGGCCCUUCGUCGUGGUCUGGUCAUCCCCGUCGAUCAGGAUGUACCCGGUGCUUUGCUGGUCCAAGACUCGGGAAUGGUUCCCGUUUCAACCCAAAUCGCUAUUGUCAACCCAGAGAGCAGAAUACACUGCCUCGAUGGAGAAUAUGGAGAGAUCUGGGUGGACUCAGAAGCCUGCGUCAAAUCAUUCUACGGAUCGAAGGAUGCAUUCGAUGCUGAGCGCUUCGAUGGCCGAGCUGUAGAUGGAGACCCGAGUGUCCAGUACAUCCGAACUGGUGAUCUCGGAUUCUUGCACAACGUUAGCCGACCCAUCGGUCCCAAUGGCGCUCAAGUUGACAUGCAAGUGCUGUUUGUCCUGGGCAGCAUCGGCGAGACGUUUGAGAUUAAUGGUCUCAGCCACUUCCCGAUGGAUAUCGAGAACUCCGUCGAACGAUGCCAUCGGCACAUUGUCCUCAAUGGCUGCGCCGUCUUCCAAGCUGGUGGCCUGGUUGUCGUCCUGGUCGAGGUUAGCCGCAAACCCUACCUCGCAUCGAUUGUGCCCGUGAUUGUCAAUGCAAUCCUGAACGAGCACCAGAUCAUUGUUGAUAUUGUCGCAUUUGUCAACAAGGGAGACUUCCCGCGGUCGCGUCUCGGAGAGAAGCAACGCGGUAAGAUCCUCGCCGGCUGGGUCACUCGCAAGAUGCGCACCCUGGCUCAGUUUGCUAUUCGCGAUGUCGAUGCGGUUGCAUUGAUGAAUGAGAUGAAUGGCCCAGGCGGAGAGGCUAUGGACACGAGAGCCUCCAUGGUUAGUGUACGAAGUGGAGGCCCUGCAGGCUCCAGCUUGAGGAAUGCCGAGCAUGCGUCGCGAAUCCCCGAGCAAGAGGAGCAUGAGCAGCCGAUGGAUCGCCGCCUCUCGUUUGUUCCUCAACCCAGAGCCAACACAAUGGAGCUUCCGGAUCAGCAAAUACCGGUGGCCCAAUAUGCGCACGACCUCCCACCUGAGGCCGUCCACCAUCCUACGCCGUCUGCGCCUCCAGAGCAGUUGAGUCUCGCUCUCCAGACCGGGCAAGGCUUCGAGAUGCCCGACUUUGCGCGUUUCGGGGCCCCAUCGGAGCACGAGCAUGGCCAUCCGGGGACAGGAUUUGUAGCCGAACUACCUAGCCAGGAGCCUCCCCAGAUUCGAUUACCUAGCGUGGAUGGGCAUGAGGAUCUCAGCAUUUGGAAGGGUAAAAAGGAGGCGGGCAAUGACGAGGAGGAAUGGACAACGGACGCCAUCAUGCACAUGAACCUGGCGGGCAACACGAACCCUCGAUGA